GUAGACUUGCGUCCCCAGUCCUGCCGACCUGUCGCACCUGUCUCUGUUUCCAAGCACACGUAGAAUAAUCAACGGCGGUGGUUGCAAAGAGUUUUGGUGCCUGGGCUCGUCUCUUAAUUCUGUAUUCCUUGGCGCUCCUCCUCCUCCCUGCCUCCACGGUCUCACGACUUCACGACUUCACACUACACACCACGACACCUUGCGGGCCAUAGACAAACAAAAGCCGCCAAGAUGAAGGUCAUCUCAUACUGGAUAUUCCCCGUGAUAUCCGCCAUAUUCUGGCUCGCGACCCUGCUCGGCCUGCUCCUCUACUGGGUCGUCACCACCUCGCUGGCCAUCCUGCCCGCCAUGAAGGACACGGACGGCAAGCAGCAGACGAUAGCCUACAUCUCGGACGUUGGCGCGACCAACACCAUGAAGCCCUGGUUCAUCGUGGGGUCCAUCUUCACCACCGUCUUCCUGGACCUGGGCUUCUUCGCGGACCGCUGGCUGCGGCACAAGGGCCGGCUCGCGCCCAACGUCUCCGUCUCGGAAAAGGUCCUGUCGGCGCUGUGCAUGCUCUUCGCCGUCGUCGGCACCGUCGGGCUCUGCUGCCUCUCCGGCUUCGACACGUACCACUACCCCCAGCUCCACGACAUCUUCCUCGUCUGCUUCAUCGGCGGCUACUGGCUCUCGGCCAUCUUCAUCUGCGCAGAGUACCAGCGCCUCGGCAAGAAAUACCGCCAGCACCGCUCCCUCCGCAUCAGCUUCUGGGUAAAGCUCGCCUUCAUCUUUGCCGAGCUCGGCCUCGUCGUCGUCUUCGGCGUCAUGAACUUCCGCGGCAGCUACAACCUCGCCGCCAUCUUCGAGUGGAUCGUCGCCUUCGUCUUCACCUUCUACGUCCUCUCCUUUGUCAUCGACCUCUGGCCCGCCGUGCACUCCACCCGCGACCGCAGGUACAGCCUCCGGCCCAUGCGCACCCUCGAGAUGGACGAGGAGUACCACCGCACCCACGCGCCCAACGGCCUGCCCAGGGACACCAUCGACAGCGAGCGCACGCUGACUGGUGCCAACAACAACGGUCACGCCGCCCCCGGCGGGGCGGGCAGGAAGUUCAUGCCCAAGAAGAACGGGCACUCGGAAUUUUGAGAGAGGCAAAGGUCUCAAAAACCCCGUUGACUUGCCGGUAGCACACAGGGAAAUUAGUGAGACUGAAGGAGUAAUGUGGGAGAGCAUAGGUCACCGCAUUCCCAGUGGUGGUGUGUACAAGUGAAAGGAAGUUGAAAGAGGGGUAUGAUGAAGCCCCGGCCAUACGAGUUAAUAUUCUUCGCAAUGUCUGUUUCAGUAAUGAUCUUUGUACAUAAAUGACGGUUCACGACAUAUAUAAGAGCGAUACUUACGCUCAGACUUGAUGGUCUACACGGAGCAUGGGGCAGAAAGAUUAUUUAACGAGCAUUCUAGCAUAAUUUGGGACAGGGACAUGGCUACCACAUGACAAGAGCCUUGGGCAUUCAGGACCACAAAUCAGUAUAUAUGCCAAAACGUUCUUAGCAUAUUCACAAACUUCUACACA